UUAUCCAGGUUAACCGAAUGAAACAGGGAUAGAUGUGUUACAUUUUGAGAGAAGGUCAAGGAUAAAACAUGGAGGUGCUUGAACUGGUUAUCGUUAUUCAUCUAGGCCUAUUAGGCGGGCUGCGAUCUGGACAAGUGGAGGGUAAAAUUGUACACACUAGUUCUGGAAUGGUUCAAGGUUUCGAAGACGCUGGCACUCAUCAGUUUUUGGGCAUUCCUUUUGCUGAGGCACCUAUUGGGGAGCAUCGUUUCAAGCGGCCUGUUUGGAAAACGCGCAUGCCGGGAACCUACAAUGCCUCGUACUUCCGGCCAAGAUGUCCGCAAAUGCUGGUAAACAAUCCAAUCGUAGAUCCCAAUGAUAAAAUGGAAGAAGACUGUUUGUAUCUGAACAUCUACACACCCCUGGAUACGUCCGUGACGUCACCUAAGACCGUCAUGGUGUGGAUACACGGCGGUUCAUUUACCAUGGGCUCGGGCCAGGACUAUCCGGGUACAAUGCUUGCGCUGAGGAACGAUGUGGUUGUUGUGAAUACAAAUUACAGGCUCGGUGCGUUGGGGUUCCUGAGCACAAUGGACGACAAUGCUGUGGGAAAUUUCGGUCUGUGGGACCAGACAAUGGCGCUAGAGUGGGUUAAAGUGAACAUUGCAGCCUUUGGAGGAAACCCAGAUUCGGUGACAGUUUUCGGCGAGUCGGCCGGUAGUGCCAGUGUGACACUUCUGGCACUUUCUCCAUUCACCGAAGGCCUAUUCCGGAGAGUUAUCGCGCAGAGUGGAAGCGCUUUCGCUUCAUGGAGCAUUUCUCCAGAUCCUCUAAAAGCUAGCAGGGAUUUGGGGAAGAGGCUUGGUUGCCCAUCAGCUACGAAUGAAAUUCUCAUACGCUGUUUACGACAUCAGUCCGUUCAGGAUAUAGUGGAAAGUCAACACCUCAUAACCCCUGGAAACGCCUUCACUGCUGCGCUUGGAACAGAGUUUUUGCCUUUUAGUCCCACUGAACUCAUCACUACUCAUAAAAACUCAACAGUGGCCAGAAAAUUAGCAGAAGUGGACUUCCUCAUCGGUCAAAACACGGAUGAAGCCGCCAGUUUCUUCAAGCCAUUUUUGGCACCUGUUCUUGAUGCGGGAGAAUUGGUGGACGACUUUACCGGAAUCAGCCAGAAGAUAUUUGACACGUUUAUGGCUAACAGCCUGAUUUCUUACACACAGGGUGAUUCUAACCUAGCCCAGAAACUAGUGACUCCAUUCACCUUUAUGUACACAGAUUGGAGUGAUCGACAAGAUGGCAUAACACGCUCAGAAAUGCUCAUUAAAUUCCUGGCUGAUAGCAUGUUUACGGUUUCAGUUGUGCAGUUUGCUAGAGCCCAUGCCCUCUUGAGACAACACUGGAACACGUCUGCUGUCAGCGGGUCAAGGACGUUCAUGUACCUGUACGAUCACCGUGGUAGCUGGAUGCCUAUGGAACCCUGGAGGUCUGGAGCUGACCACGCUGAUGAAAUACCGUUUGUGUUCGGGUUACCUUUAACAGGGAUAAUCCCAAACAUCACCGAUGAAGAAAAACAGUUGAGCGAUAUCUUAAUGAGAUAUUGGACAAACUUUGCCAAAACUGGAGAUCCAAAUGAGUCUGCAGCCGGCUCUCGUUUGGUAAAAUGGCCUAGGUUUGAAGUCGGAACAGAGCGUUACUUGAGGCUUCACACUGGGAUGAUGUCAGAUUCCGUGGGACAACGGGUGUACAACAAUAGAGUGGAAUUCUGGUUGGACUAUCUCCCAAAACAAAUGAACAUUUUCCAACAAGAGCCGAUUAAAAUAAAAUGUAGCUAAGGUUGAUAGUCCUUUACACACAAAAAGCAAGUAAAUUUUCUCUAGAUUGUACUUCCUUUUCAUCCUCGUAUGCUUCGCUUUCAUGUGUAACGUCUUGGUAGUUAGCGAGAAAGUUCAUUGCAUAAUUCUGCAACUUUUGUUUGAAUCAGAAUACUGGUUUUCCCAAACACCGUUUGUCUUCGAUAUUUUCAGUGUCCUCAGUUGAGACAUAAACACGGUCAGAUAGAUAUGUCAAAUGUCUGCAUACGGUACGCUCGAUAAGAGCUUUCCUCACCCUUGUACCACUGUCUGGUUGUCCACGGCGUAAUGGAUUUGAUUUAUUUAUUUUGAUUGGUGUUUUACGCCGUACUCAAGAAUAUUUCACUUUUACCACGGCGACCAGCAUUAUAGUGGGUGGAAACCGGGCACAACCAUGGGGAAACCCACAGAUCUUCCCACGUACGGCCUUAGAGGAUACCAGCAUGAGCUGGACUUGAACUCACAGCGACCGCAUUGGUGAGAGACCCCUGGGUCAUUACACUGCGCUAGCGCGCUAACCAACUGAGCCACGGAGGCCCCGCGGCGUAAUUGAGAUGUGUAUCUAUACUCGGUAUGUCUAAACAACAAGCUGAUGCUCCCAGACCAGAGCAGAAAUGAGUAGAAAAAUUUUUGCCCACGUUUGUUGUCUUUUACUUGUCAGCCCUUGUUAAUUUUUCAAGCACUACUGUUAAAAAUUAAAUCAUGACUACCUGAAAGUUGAUAUUUUCUAUUCCAAUCGACUUGUUC